AUGAGGGAGGAUGCCAUCCCCCUUCAAAACGAAACCUUCUGGCUGUGUAACUGCACGCUGGCCAGAUGCAUCGAGAACAAUGUUGUUGAGAUUAUUUCAUAUGAGUGUCCGUCACUGGAGCCAAUCAAAUGUGCUAAUGGGAAGCAACCAGUCCUGCUGACUGAUGAAAUGUCCUGCUGCCCGUACUAUGCUUGCGACUGUGACUGUGAGGGCUGGGGAAGUUCUCACUAUAUUACAAAUGAUGGGCUUACUUACAGCUUCCAAGGAAACUGCACUUAUGUUCUGAUGGAGGAGAUCACACCACAAUACAACUUAAAGAUCUAUGCCGAUAAUUCCAAUUGCGAUGGCACCCAGUCUUCGUCCUGUGCUCGCUCCAUCAUCGUUGAUUACAACUCGCAAGCCUUUGCUCUUAAGAGCAUUCAGGGAGGUGCUGAGCUACAGUGUUUUUUGGGUGGUACGCCUCAGACACUGCCUUUUGAUAAUAAUGGCGUGACGGUUCUGAACACUGGCGUGUACUUGGUUCUGGAGAUAGCGAAGAUUGGAGUUGCGGUGACAUAUGGAGCGACUGAAUUUCAAAUUGACCUCCCAUACCAGUAUUUUGGAAACAAUACACAGGGACAGUGUGGUACAUGCAACAAUAACCAAGCAGAUGACUGCAUGCUACCUGACGGACGGCUGGUUGAGAGUUGCUCUGUGAUGGCUGACUACUGGCAAGCCACGAAUGUGUAUAAUCCUGACUGUCCAGUGCCGCUAAGCCUGCCAUUCAACUUGCCAAAACCUGUGCUAAUAGAGCAACCCUGCACCACCAACUCAGUCUGUCAUCUACUGAGGAGCAGUGUAUUUGAGGAGUGCCACCAGUACGUGUCUCCACACCGCUACUAUGAGGGAUGUUUGUUUGACAGCUGUCACAUGACAAACCCUGCAGCAGAAUGCACCAGUCUCCAGACAUAUGCUAUGGCUUGUGCCCAAUUUGGUGUUUGCAUCCACUGGAGAAACCACACCACCAUCUGCACCAGCGACUGCCCAGUGGAUAAAGUCUACUCACCCUGUGGCCCUGUGGAGCCGCCCACUUGUAUGGACAGCCCCCACCAUAUUCCUGUGGACAAGGUUAUAGAGGGCUGUUUCUGUCCUGAGGGCAAGAAACUCUUCAGCAAGGAAUCAGGCCUGUGUGUUGACAAAUGCGGAUGCUUGGACCCAGCUGGUGUUCCACGAGAGUUUGGGGAGAGGUUUACACAUAACUGCCAGGAGUGCAUUUGCAUGGAAUCCACUAAGACAGUAAUGUGUAAGGCUAAAGAGUGUUCCACAGCAGUCCCACCCAUCUGUAACAGUCCUGGCUUUGUCACCAUCAAUGAAACCAAUCCUGAAGAUCCCUGUUGCACCACACUCUCCUGCCGCUGUGACAGCAGUUCUUGUCCAGUGGUUGACAGCUCAUGUCAAGCAGGUUACCAGCCUGUUCUCACUGUACCUGAGGGAGAGUGUUGUCCUCAGUUCACCUGUGAGCCCAAGAAAGUCUGUGUCCAUGAAGGCGUGGAAUAUCAGCCUGGACAGACUGUGCCUCUAUCGGAGUGCCAGGAAUGCUCCUGCAGUUGGAAUGUGGAUCCUGAAACUCAGCACUAUCAGAUCGAGUGUAACUCUGUGACCUGUGAUGUGCAGUGUGAACCUGGUUUUGAGUAUGUGAGGUCAGACUCAGAUAAGUGCUGUGGAAAGUGUGUACAGACUCAUUGCAUCAUGAACAAAAAUGGCACAAAAAUGUUCUUACAGCAUGGAGCUGUGUGGUCUCCUCCUGGAGACACCUGUGAGCGUUACACCUGUACACACAUCGCAGGUUCAUUCAUAACCACAAAUUACCAGAUCCGCUGCCCGCCUUUUGACCAGAGCAGAUGUCAACCUGGUACAGUCCAACUUGCUGCAGACGGAUGCUGCAAAGUUUGUGUGGAGAAGGAGACUGGCUGCAAAGUGGAGGCUGUUGUGGACUACAUCAUACACAACAAGUGCCAAUCAGAAGAGAAGAUAGCUCUGACGUAUUGUCAGGGAGACUGCAAUAGCUACAGCAAGUACUCUGAGCUGGGAGACUCGUCCUGUAGCUGCUGUCAGGAGUCUCACUCCACCAACCGAACGGUGAACCUGCGUUGUCUGAACGGGGAUGUGGUGCCUUACACUUAUACCCACGUGGAGGAGUGCAGCUGCAGUGUGACCUCCUGCCACAAAGCCACCUCACUCAGCUCCCGCAGGAGACGUAGCCUCAGACUAGCAGGAGUGUAA